AUGGAACAUAUAACUGUAGAAUAUUAUCGUGCUGGUACUCCUUAUUUAUCACCAGAAGCUAUUGAGGAAAUCAUUCAAUCUCGAGGGACAGUUAAAAAUGCAUGCAGGGAAAUGGCUAAUAGAUAUAGUACUUCAACUCGUAGAAUAUAUGAAAUUUGGAAAAGACAUGCUGAAG